AUGUGGACUGUGAGGCAAGAGGCUUCCGUGGCGAAACUCUGGAAACUUUGGGAUUCAGGAUUCAAGGCCGCUUUGGACUUUGUCACUCUUUUUUUCUCCAGCAAAACAGAAGGGAUUCCCCCCCUCCCCCCCACGUGUGUUUGCGACAGAGCAGAGUUUAAAGGGAGAAUCAUGCAGAUACCGUCAGCGCAUCGCUUCUUGGCUGUGUAUCUCACGCUCUUUGGAUACCUUGGGGACGUUUAUAUGGGGACAGUCCUGAUGAACUCCAACGCCAUCAAAAACUUGCCCGGUGCUUCGGGUAGCAAAGGCUAUGACAGUGUCAGUCCGAGUCCGCGCACAUCUCCCUCCGGUAGCAUAGGACACAAAUUACCCGUAGACACCUUGCAGCAGUCAGGUGUUUGUAUGGAUGAUGAAGACUGCGGAGGUGAUGAAUUCUGCAAUGACGUCCGAGGCGCCUGCCUGCCCUGCCGUAAGAGCCGGAAGCGUUGCGCACGGGACUCUAUGUGUUGCGCUGGAACCCGCUGUAGCAAUGGUGUUUGCCAAGCAAAUGAUAUAGAUGGUACAGAUACAUCCAUCAUCAAUGGCUGGCACAAACACAACAACACCAUGGAGCACCACGCCAAGAGGCCCCCCACUGCCAACGGCCAUCAGCCUCAUGCCGUUAAAGGCCAAGAGGGGGAGACUUGCCUGAGAUCCGCAGACUGCACCGAGGGUCUGUGCUGUGCCAGACACUUCUGGUCUCGCAUCUGUAAACCUGUGCUGACGGAGGGCCAGGUGUGUACCCGCCACCGCCGGAAAGGCACCCACGGCUUGGAGCUGUUCCAGCGCUGCGACUGCGGCGACGGCAUGGCCUGCCGACCAGAGAAAGGAGAGCGAGACCACAGUGUCAGCAGGACUGCAGCCCGGAACCUACACACCUGUCAGAGACGCUGACACACACGCAUGGACACAAACAGAGACAGAGAUACACACACCCAGCAGAAACCCACAAAUCAGUCACAGACACUGACACUUUUCAGCCUUGCAUACACCUGAGAUGCUGACAUACACACACACACAGACACCCAACACCUAAGACAUUCUUUCCUGCCAAAAUUGCUGACACAAACAGCACCCGGAAGGAUAGACAUGAUUCCUGGAAAAAUGAUACACCCAGAGGGAUGCAGCAGUGCAAGACGGACUGAUCCAAUUCCUUGUCAACAGAUGAGGAGUCAGAAGUUAGGAAGUCACAUUUCAAGUCUUGGGAAGAUCGAUUAAUGUCGUCGAUAAUGGCAGAGCUGUUUUGUUUCUCUUUUGAUGGAACUUCAAGCCUCAGUUAUUGCAGUAAAUUACUGUAUUGUAAAUAUUAUCUUGGAGGCAGCACUUAAUUGAGUUAUUGAUUCUGUCAACACCAGUAUUAUGACAUGGUGCUGCAUGCUUUGUAAAUUUUG